AUGAAAUACACUGACGACGUAUCAUCUGAACUAAUAUGCGUUCAGGAAUGCGCAUGCAUUAGUGAACAGUAUGAAAAAAAAGAUGGACAAUGCAUUGAAAAGAACGAUACUGCGACGCGAAUUGAAGCUGAGCUUUCGGUUGAAAAUUUAUUUAAAGGAACUGAAAAAGUAACACCAACUUCAACUCAACGAUUUGUCACCAAAGAAUUUUCCGCUCAAAUAACUGCCCAAAAGACCCCUGCUGAAGUGCCAACACCAAAGGUUUGCAGUGGAAGAAUCUGUAGACUUGACGAAAUAAUCACCGAUACUCUGUGCUCAUUGACAGACCAGAAAUGUGGACCAAAUAUGGUUUUUAGGACCAUAGUUGGGCCUUUACGCAUGAAAGUUGGUAUAUCAUCAUAUAAGAUGUGCAUUCAACAGUGCACUUGCGACAGUAAUGAAUACACGAAAAUAGGUGGACAAUGCAUUAAAGAAAAGAGUGUUCCGAUGCGAAAGGAAACUGAGCUUUCGGUUGAAAAUUUAUUUAAAGGAACUGAAAAAGUAACACCAACUUCAACUCAACGAUUUGUCACCAAAGAAUUUUCCGCUCAAAUAACUGCCCAAAAGACCCCUGCUGAAGUGCCAACACCAAAGGUUUGCAGUGGAAGAAUCUGUAGACUUGACGAAAUAAUCACUGAUACUCUGUGCUCAUUGACAGACCAGAAAUGUGGACCAAAUAUGGUUUUUAGGACCAUAGUUGGGCCUUUACGCAUGAAAGUUGGUAUAUCAUCAUAUAAGAUGUGCAUUCAACAGUGCACUUGCGACAGUAAUGAAUACACGAAAAUAGGUGGACAAUGCAUUAAAGAAAAGAGUGUUCCGAUGCGAAAGGAAACUGAGUUUGAUGGUGAAAUAUUGCCUAAACACUGCGCGGGAAGAGUGUGUGCACUUGAUGAAGAAAUAUUCAAUGCUCCGUGUUCAUUGACUGGUAAAAUUUGCGGUACCAAUAUGAUAUUUAAUAAUAUCGGUAAAUUGCUUAAAAAGAAUGGCACUGUAGUUUGCUUUCAAAAGUGUACUUGUAUGAGUGAAGAAUAUGUCAAAGCAAAUGGUCAAUGCAUCCUUUCUGCGAAAGGAAAUGAAAAUAUGUCACCAGCUUUAUCUCAACGAUCUAUCACCGAACGUUCACAGUUUCCCGUUCAACCAACUAUCCAAAAGAUUUCUAAGACUCACUCAAAUUACGCUGGACGAUCUUGCGAGCGAGUUCGCGACCUAUUUUGCACGUUAACAGGUCAGACGUGUGGUGAUAAUAUGGUCUACAAAACUAUUAAACGAUUGAUUUACAUCGAUGAUUCUCCUGAAAUAUGCAUUCAGCAAUGCAAAUGUGCCAACAAAGAAUAUACGGAAAAAGAUGGACGAUGCAUUAUACGAGAAAGAUCUGUGAAGAAAAAUCAUGCUCAUCAGGUCACAUUUUAUUGCGCAAUAGCUAAACUUCCAUGA